AUGACGGCAACAGCUCAGCAAUUACCAUGGAGAGCAAGGGAAGCAUUAGCCGGUGCAGAUUUUGAAAAUGCUCAAACAGUUGUCACGAGGUUGCAAUAUCUGGACUUGAAUCCGUUGGAUAAAACAGGGGAAAAAGAAACAGAAAAUAAAGGGAAAAGCGAAAAUAAUCAAAUUAGAAAUUUAACAGUUAAAGAAAGUAAGAAUAACGAUGGGAAGGAAAAUGCUAAAUCAUUUAAUCAGAAUAAAGUAUAUAGAAGAGAAGAUAGCACUUAUAAUAAUUAUAAUCAGCGGAAUGGAUAUAAAAAUUACGGAUAUGAAAGAGAUAAUAGACAAUAUGGGAGGAAUGGAUCGAAUUAUGGUGACCCGCAAGUUGGAGAUUGUAAUCGCCAAAUGGAAAAUCAGCAGGGUUAUUAUAAUCGAGCAAAUGUUCAUGAUAUGCGAUCUCGUGCGAUUAGUCAACCUUGGAGAAGAAAUAGUCAAAUGCCUUUCGCGAGUUCAAACAAUAGAUAUGUAAACAUAGGUGACAAUAACAAUACUAAUUUGACGGAUGUUUCGCAGCCUUCAAUGAAUUAUCAAAACACGAAUAACCGACAACAUUUAAACUAA